AUGGGAAGCUGUUGUACAAACCACCGCCUCCUCCGCAUCGACAUGCACACCCAUAUUAUGCCCCCCUCGUUCCCCGACCUCUCCUCAUAUCCCUCCAACACUCCUCCCCCAUCAUCUUCAGACUCAGACUCAUCCACCGCAUCAGCCUCGGAAUCACCAUGGCUCACCCUCCGUCCAAACCCCACCAACCCAGACGAAGUAGACAUGUACAUAGGCGACCGCUUCUUCCGCACCGUCGAGAAAAACUGCUACGACACGGCAACAAGACUAGCCGAGAUGGACGACGCAGGGACAGACGUCCAGGUCCUCAGCACAAUCCCCAUCCUCUUCUUCUACGACCAGCCCUCCGCCCCCGUGAUCGUCCUAGCUAGACACCUAAACAACCACAUCGCCUCCGUCUGCCGACAACACCCAACCCGGUUCCUCGGUCUCGCAACCGUGCCCUUACAAGACGUCCCCGACGCCGUCGCAGAGCUGCACUGCGCAAAGCACGAGCUAGGCCUGCAUCCGUUCUGGGCUGCAUGCGAGGAACUAAACAUGCCCGUCUUCGUGCAUCCGCUCGGCUACACCUGGCCGAAGGAGAACCCGCGCCGCUGGGCAAAGUACUGGAGUAGCUGGCUCAUCGGGAUGCCGUGCAAAACGGCGCUAGCGCUGCAUCUGCUGAUCUGCUCGGGGACGCUGCUGAAAUUCCCGAAACUGAGGCUGUGUUUCGCGCAUGCGGGAGGGUCGUUCCCGGCGUUACUGGGGCGGAUCCAGCAUGGGUAUGACUGCCGGCCGGAUCUGGUGGCGGGGGAUGCGGGCGGUGUCACCCCCACCGAGCAUGCGACUGUGCGUGAGAAUAUCUGGAUUGACAGUUUGACGCAUGAUGUUGAGUUGCUGGAGUAUCUGGUUAAGAAGGUUGGGGCGCAUAAGAUGAUCAUGGGGAGUGAUUACCCGUUUCCGCUUGGGGAGGUGCCGGAAGCUGGGAGGAUGAUUGCAAAGGAUGGACGGUUAGAGGGAUUCUUGUCUUGGAGGCAGCGGGCUGAGAUUCUUGCGGGAAAUGCGCUGAGGUUUUUGGAUCUGGAUAAGGAUGAGACGUGGAAGGGGUUGAUGGAGGAGAGGUGGCGGAUGUUUGAGAAGGUAUAUAUCAAGUGA